CACGUUUUUUUUAUUGAGAGAGUGGGAGAGAGAAAGGGGGAAUGGAGGAAGAAGAUGGAGUCUCAGAUCCGUGGCUGGGAAUCGACAAGCUCUAUCACCUUCUCAUGUCUUUCUUCCUCACUUUUCUCUUUUACGCCUUUGCUUCUCUCACACGAUACCGCCCCCACGCUAUUUCCAUCGGAUCACUCCUCUCUCUCUUCGCCGGCGCCGCCAAAGAGGCCGCCGAUCACCUCGGCUACUUCCGCUCUUCGGGGGCUUCUCUCAGGGACGCCCUUGCCAACAUCCUCGGCGUCUGCAUCGCUUCAUUCGCUCUCUCUCUCUUCCCAUUCUGGCUCCGAUCUCCUCCGCCUCCUCACACGCGUGCCAUUUCCCUUGUUUGAUCUCGUUUCCAAGUUGGAUCUUUAGACGGUAUGAAGACUGAUGACAAUAGGGACAAGUCAUCUUCUGAAGCUGAUUGAAGCCUUUGCAUUGGCAUCAUCGUUUUCUUCGGACAGUUUUACUGCAGUGUAAGUACCUGCACCCGCUAAAGCUCCAAGUACUGGAGCUAUCAGAUAAACCCAUAUAGCUUUGUAGUUGUUUGCUGCAACAGCAGGACCUAGUGUUCUUACUGGGUUCAUUGAACCGCCUGAUACUGGCCUGUUAAACAUAUUUAAACUUUCAUGACAGUUUUAAGAAACUUUGUUUUUGUGAUUUGUUAAAAAACAGCUUUUGAAACAGUUAAAAAUUCUUUGAAACUGAGAA